UGUAAAUAUGUUUUUGGGGAUGACAGCUGACAAUGCUCAUAGCAGAAAGUGGGCCGGGCUUACCAUUGUUUUGGAAGGCCCAAACCAACCAAUCGCUCCCAUCUUCCGCAGAGCAAGACACAAAGACCAGAACAUCCUCACUUUGCUCCCACGCUCGCCCACCGUCCCUCCUGCAACUUCCCCAUCGGUCUGGGUUUUUUGCCGGCCGAACCAUGGAGGAGACAGGCAGUUUACCCGACAAAGAAACCGUGGACAAAGUAGCGCCGCAGUUGGCUGCGGUGUUGAAGGAAAUAAAAGAAGGGCUGGAUACGGUGAAAGCUAAGGUGCAAGCUUUAACUGCGAAGGUAAAAGCGCGUCAAUUUCCAACAGCAGAAGGGAUAAGCUACCUUGAAGCAAAACACCUACUUCUUUUAAGCUAUUGCCAGUCUCUCGUGUAUUAUUUGCUACGCAAGGCAAAAGGACUUUCUAUUGACGGUCAUCCUGUUGUUCGGAGCCUUGUCGAGAUGAGAUUAUUUUUGGAAAAGAUCCGACCCAUUGACAAGAAACUCCAAUACCAAAUUCAGAAACUCACAACAGUUGGGAGAGGUGCUGCAAAGAGCACUGCCCUAAAUGAAAAGGAAACAGAUGCUCCUCGGAGAACUGAAGAUUUGUUGAAGUAUCGUCCAAACCCGGACAUGCUUGUCGGCAAAUCAGAUACGACUGCUGAGGGCGCUGGCGGCGUUUAUAAGCCUCCCAAGUUUGCCCCAGCUUCAAUGGGGGAGGAUAAGAUGUCAAGGCAAGAAAGAAAUGCUUUAAGAAAGGAGAAAGAGACUCUACGACAAGCUAGGCAGAGUGACUAUGUGAGAGAACUGAUGGAUGAUUUGCAGGGUAGACCUGAAGAGAUUCGUGAAGUUAUUGGGACCGAAAGUAGGGAGCUUACUACAUAUAAGGCAAAAUGGGAAGAGCGUGCAAGGCGAGAAGAGGAGCUUUUCAUGCGAGCUCCUGUUACGAAGUUGGAGAAAAAGAAGGAGAAGCACUUGUUGAAGUCAAGAAAUGGGUUGCUUGGCCUUGCUGACAGCUUUUACGAUGAAGUCAAAACCUUGCCUUUAGAGGAGGAUGCUGGUGAAAAGAUGUCUGGCUUCGGUGAUGGUAGCAGGGGGAUGAGAAAACUUAAGAAGCGCAAGAGAAAGCAUUGAAGGAGUGAGCUUAUCGUUUCGUGAAUAUCUUAUGAUGCAUGGCUGCUGUUUGAGCAAUUUUGAGGCGGAGGGGAGUAAAUGUCAUUACGAUGACGGCGCGGUUUUGUUUUACAGGAAGAGUUGCAGGUUUUAUAAUGUAACGGAAGGCUAGUUGAUUAUGAUCUUACAUAUUACGUAAAACUCGUAUAUGCUUCAUGUGAGAUUGCGACUUCACUAAACCAAUGCUAUUCUCCUUUUUGGCUUUUAGAUGUUA